GCGUCCGGAGUCCGCAGUGAAAAAUCGCAAAGCCUCGUAGCACUCACCGUUUCCUUCUCUUUCUCCCCGUUUCAAAUCCCGGUUCUUUCGCCGCAAGAACUCUGUUCGGCGCGUGCUUCCCACGCUCUCUAACGUUUCCCAAACACCACUCGCCGUCGUCGACCUUCCACCCUACCCACCGCCGUUGUCGUCUUCUUCCUCCUCGUCUUUUGGUUAUUCCGUCCAGUAUACAUCUCUCUACUUCUGUCUCUAUAUCUCUCUUUCUUUCGGACUAUUGAUAGGGUUUUAGGUUGAUUUCAGUAAUUGUUAGUAAAAGCACUCGGUUUUAAUUCUUGUUCUUAGUAGUUAAUUGCUUCACUCAUGUAAUUUCUCUAUGAACGCGACAAUGAUUGAGAAAAACAAGAAGCAGAAGUGCACAAUCAGCGAGGAGGACGUUUCCAACCUCUUACAAAGGUAUACAGCAACAACCCUGCUGGCAUUGUUGCAAGAAGUGGCACAAUCCGUUGACGUGAAGUUGAAUUGGGAAGAGCUGGUGAAGAAGACUUCCACAGGGAUUUCUAAUGCUAGAGAGUACCAAAUGUUAUGGAGGCAUUUAGCCUAUCGCGAAGGAUUGCCUGAGAUUUUGGAAGAUGGGGCUGAGCCUUUGGAUGAUGAUAGUGACUUAGAAUGUGAAUUGGAACCUUCUCCUUCUGUAAGUAACGAAGCUUCAGCAGAGGCUGCAGCAUGUGUGAAAGUACUGAUUGCUUCUGGAUUACCGAGCAACUCAAGUCUUCCAAACAGCUCAAUGGUAGAGGCCCCAUUGACUAUAAAUAUACCUAAUGGCCAGACGUGUAGAGCUUCCUCAGAAAGUUCACGGCCUGCUUGCUCUAUGCAAGGGAAGAACAUUACUGUUCCGGUUUCUGUUCAAAAAAAUAUUACAUUAAAUGACUCAUUGGAUGUAAAUGGGGCUGGAUGUGGGAGCAAUCCUCGGAAGAGAAGAAAGAAAUGGUCAGAAGCAGAGGAUCAGGAACUUAUUGCUGCUGUGAACAAAUAUGGUCCUGGAAAUUGGGCAAACAUCUUACGAGAAGGAGACUUCAAAGGAGAUAGAACUUCUUCACAGCUAUCCCAGAGGUAUAAGAACCUUAUUAAGAGAGGAAAUCCCAAUUUGGAGGAAAAACCAACCAUCCCACAGCUUACUGAGGCUCAGCUGGCAACUCGUAGUGCAUUGUGCAUGGCCCUUGAUAGGCCAAAACAAAACUUAACAACUGCUUGUACAAGUAGCCCUGCUUGGAAGACCAAGCCCAGUACCUCUGUGCUUCCUACUGCUACUGCUGAAACUUCAGAUCAAGCCCAAAACCAGUCUAAACAAGGCUCCAUUGCGACAACAUCAUCUCCAGUCCAAUCAUUGGGUUCUAUUAUGAAAUCUCAAAUAACCUUGAAAAAACAAUCAGCAAAAUCUUUUACAACUUCAGGUUCUAUUCUAGAUGGGGCUCAUAUUGGUAACGCUCGGACUGCUGCAUCACCGUUUAAGGCUGCCAGAGUGAACAAUACUAUACAUGUCAUGUCCUCCAGUGGUUCACCAAUCAAGCCCCACAUGCCUGGUAGUGCCUCCUCUCAACAUGAGGUUCAUUCUAAUGCAGCUUCUGGUCGUACUGGCCUGUCAGCUGAACCAGUCUCCACCUCUCCCCAAGACGCAUUUGGCCUGCACAGUGGUUCAGUAAGAUCUUUACCAACUGUGGUUAAGAACAAUCCAUCUGCUUCUGCUUGUGCUUCAUUAUUAAAUAGGCCAUCUCAGCAGUGUAAUGCUGUUGCCUCUAGUCAAGCUGCUGAGUGCCAGUCAAAGCAAGACGUUGAGGCUCCCAAAGAGAUCAAAGGGCCUAACUCCAUCUUAGCAGAGAAAGUGCAACAAAAUGGAAAGUGCACAUUAACAAAUGAACCUUGUGAAGGAGUAAAAGGACAUAAAGCAAACCCAGAACCAGAGAUCAAAAAUCAAAUGGAUACUGCCGAGCAUCCUAAUGAGAAGUCAAAGGCUGAUAACAACCAAGUGGAUGUCACUGGUUGUCCUAAUGAGAAGAUGCCGGCUGGUAAUGACAAAGUGGAUGUCGCUGGUUGUGCGGCAGUCAAAGAAGGCAACACAAAAUCUGCACCAGAAGUGAGUUGUGAAAAUUCAAGCGGGGUUGAGAAACAAGCUGAAAGCAGCAAUAAACUAGAGGCUUCAAGCAAAUCGGAAGCCACUACAGCUUUGUAGCGGCAGAGGGAGAGCCUGUCGUUCAAAGUAAGAAUUACUGGUUACUGUUUUAGGUAUUUGUGUUGUAAAUCAACUUGGAGGUGUGGAAAGAAAAUGACAGUAUUUGU